AUGGCUUUCAUGCCAGUAUCUGCCAUUUUUAUUCUCCUGCUUACUACAUUGCAAGCGAAUUUUGUUAGCGUUUUACAAGAGAAUGUUUCUGAUACUUCCUCUGAUGACAUGGGCCAGCUGGUCCAGAGAGAGAUCACUCCCAUUGAGCAGGAACGCCUCAAUGAGCUUCAAUGGAAUUACGCAGGCAUAUGGUGGGAAGUAGCCUACCCUGGUGCAGGCAACGAAGAUGGAGGCUGCACCAAUUUUCCUGUGCAAGGGAAAGGAUCGAAACGGCGGAAAGUAAGAGUUACCUAUCAAUGUAAAGACUUGCCAGAACUUCCUCCGGGGGCCCUGGGGUGCGCCGGUUCAGCUCCUGCGUAUACGGUCCAGGGAGGUGUUUGGAGCCAGGAAGGGACUACGACUGUAUUCUGCCCAUCGUUCUUUAACAGGGUUGAUGAUGUCGUGGAUUCUACUUCAUUGCUGAAUCCGAUCCAAUACGUGAGAUUCGUUACCUACGUCUCCGAUAACUACGCUUGGUACUUCGCGAACAAGUACUACGGCAAGCUUUGGGGAUGGCAAGAUGCCGGAACUCCAUGGGCUACACAGAAUGCCACAGAAGACAGCGACGAAUUGGCCGCUGAGGGCUCUGGGAAUUGUGGCUCAGCCAGCCCUGCGAAUUUCAACGUCACGGCCUUACCCCUAGAUGUGGAGAACACAACGGAUAUCUCAUGGCCAUCUCAGUGUUCGCCAAUUCCGGAGCUGGACUCAAUUGACACCAAUUUUGCUUGUAUCUACGAUCCUCCUGAUGAUCCAGAUGAUACUACUUCGACUUCACCAAGUCCAAGUCCAAGCUCGGCGCCAACUUCCGUCGAGAUAUCAUCAGUUACCCAAACGUCCUCCUCCCCGCCUCCAACAUCAACUGCGUGCAAUUGCAAUGAAGAUGGAUGUUCGACCGAUUCGCCGGCUUGUUGUGAAAAUGGAACUUGUGGCUGCACUUGCACUGCAGCUGGAUGUACCGGAGCUCCAUGCUGUGCAAGUGGAACUUGUGGCUGAUAAAAUCUCGAUGCUCUCUUGUGGUUUCUGCAAUUCUUUGUCUUUCUUGGGGAUUGAUUUUGCUUCACUCUUAGCAGG